AUGCUAUUAUUGAAACUACCGUUACCACAAUUCCAACCCACUACUUCACACGCGCCAAAGAAACACCGAAUCCCUCAACAAAUAUUACACAACUCAAUCGCCAAACUAGUGACAUUAUCGCAGUAUACCGAUAUUCCGUCAGCUAGAUACGCUCAGUCCGCAAAUCUUAUUAACGACAAAAUAUAUUUUGUUGGAGGGUGGGAUGAAAAAACUUUUCAAAUUGAUGUUUUCUAUUUAGAUUUAUCUGCAGAUUUUGGAAUAGACAAUUUGCCAUUUAAACGGAUCAAUCUUAAUUCGUCGCUCUUUAUUGCAUGGCAUACUGCUAAUGUAUAUAAUGAUACUCAAAUUAUUAUUAUCGGCGGUGUAACACUUAACAAAGAAAACAAUCAGAAUAUACUCAGCCAGAACGAAUCAUUAAUUAAGUUAAACGAAUCGACCAUAGAAUCAUUUCCAUUGAGUAAGAAUGGACCUUCGACUCGAAGAAGCUUAAACUCGGUAAUUGAUAACACUGGAACAAUUUAUAUUUUUUCUGGAUCAAAUCAAGCAGACUCUGGACCAACUCGUGGUAAUUUAGAUACAACAAUGUAUAAAUUAAAAGUGGUCCAAAACACAUGGUCAGCUGUACCAUAUAUCGGGUCUGUAGAUUCAGCUUUAAUGCCGGCAUUUGAUUAUACUGCCACAUUGUUAGAUGAUGGCCGAAUUAUUUAUAUAGGCGGUGAAUACAUAAGUGGUGACAGAUAUAGAAAUAUGAAUGAAGUAUGGAUUUAUUAUACGACAACUGAUAAAUGGGAGUUUAAGAAUUGUUCAGGAGUUAAUGUCAAGGAGCGUGCUUCACAUACUGCUGUUUUGGGACCAGAUCGAUUUACUAUAAUCAUCUAUGGAGGAUAUAGUCUUAUACCUCUCACUAAUGAUCAAGCUCUCUUUAUUCUGGAUACGAAGAAGUGGAGGUGGUCACUACCGAAUAUUAAUAAUCCCCCAGUGAUUCGGCAUGGACAUACUGCGACUAUGUACAAUAAUUAUAUGAUAGUUGCAUUUGGAGCACAACAAGAAGACAUUAACAGUGUUCCAAUCUCUAAAAAUGUAAUAAGCAUCCUCGACACAAAUAACAAUUCAUAUAGUUGGGUUGAACAAUUCAAACUAAGAGAUAUUGUACCGAUACCUAGCGAGUCCGACACUCCUUCUCCGACCACUAUAAAUCCAUCACAAACAUCAGUUUCCGAAACAUCGUCAUCGUCACGUUUAGGUAUCAUUAUUGGAAGUAUGAUUGGCAGUGCUGCUGUUAUAAUAGUUGCUGUUAUUGUCGCUGUGUUCUUUUAUCGACGAAGACGGGAGAGACAAAUAAUUGCGGAAGGUCAUAUGCAUUCUCCGCAAGUAGUUAAUGUGGAAAACAAUCGUGAUAGUACGCGAAGUAGUGAAAUUGUUUAA